CGGCGGCCGGGCCGGGCCGGGCCACAGGCGGCGGCGGCGGCGGGACCAUGGAGGCAGCGGCUGCUGCUCCGCGUCCCGGGCUGCUCCUCCUCGUGCUAGCUGCGGCGGCGACGCUGGUCCCAGGGACGACGGCAUUACAGUGUUUCUGCCACCUCUGUACGAAAGACAAUUUUACAUGUGUGACAGAUGGCCUCUGCUUUGUCUCUGUCACAGAGACCACAGACAAAGUUAUACACAACAGCAUGUGUAUAGCGGAAAACGACUUAAUUCCUCGAGACAGGCCAUUUGUAUGUGCGCCCUCUUCAAGAACUGGGUCUGCAACUACAACAUAUUGCUGCAAGCAGGAUCAUUGCAAUAAAAUAGAACUCCCAACUCCUGUAAAGCCGACAUCCGGCCUUGGUCCCGUUGAACUGGCAGCUGUCAUCGCUGGACCAGUGUGCUUCGUCUGCAUCUCGCUCAUGUUGAUGGUCUAUAUCUGCCAUAACCGCACUGUCAUUCACCAUCGAGUGCCCAACGAAGAGGAUCCUUCAUUAGAUCGCCCUUUUAUUUCAGAGGGUACCACAUUGAAAGAUUUAAUUUAUGAUAUGACAACAUCAGGUUCUGGAUCAGGUUUACCAUUGCUUGUUCAGAGAACAAUCGCAAGAACUAUUGUAUUACAAGAAAGCAUUGGCAAAGGUCGAUUUGGAGAAGUUUGGCGAGGAAAGUGGCGGGGAGAAGAAGUCGCUGUUAAAAUAUUUUCCUCUAGAGAAGAACGCUCAUGGUUUCGCGAGGCAGAGAUUUAUCAAACUGUAAUGUUACGUCAUGAAAACAUCCUGGGAUUUAUAGCAGCAGACAAUAAAGACAAUGGCACAUGGACCCAGCUCUGGUUGGUCUCAGAUUAUCAUGAGCAUGGAUCUCUUUUUGAUUACUUGAAUAGGUACACAGUUACCGUGGAAGGAAUGAUAAAACUCGCUCUGUCCACAGCAAGUGGGCUUGCGCAUCUUCACAUGGAGAUUGUUGGUACCCAAGGAAAACCAGCCAUUGCUCAUAGAGAUUUGAAAUCAAAGAAUAUCUUGGUAAAGAAGAAUGGAACUUGCUGUAUUGCAGACUUGGGACUGGCAGUAAGACACGAUUCAGCCACUGAUACAAUUGAUAUUGCUCCAAAUCACAGAGUGGGAACAAAAAGGUACAUGGCCCCUGAAGUUCUAGAUGAUUCCAUAAAUAUGAAACACUUUGAAUCCUUCAAACGUGCUGACAUCUAUGCAAUGGGCUUAGUAUUCUGGGAAAUUGCUCGACGAUGUUCCAUUGGUGGAAUUCACGAAGAUUACCAGCUGCCUUAUUAUGAUCUUGUACCUUCUGAUCCAUCAGUUGAAGAAAUGAGAAAAGUUGUUUGUGAACAGAAGUUAAGGCCAAAUAUUCCAAACAGAUGGCAAAGCUGUGAAGCCUUGAGAGUAAUGGCUAAAAUCAUGAGAGAAUGUUGGUAUGCCAACGGAGCAGCCAGACUUACAGCUUUGCGGAUUAAGAAAACGUUAUCACAACUCAGUCAACAGGAAGGCAUCAAAAUGUAACUCUGCAGCUUUGCCUGAACUCUGCUUUUUCUUCAGAUCCACUCCUGGGCUUUCGUUUGGGGGGUCAGUUGUUAUACCUCACUGAGAGGGAGCAGAAGGAUAUUGCUUCCUUUGGCACCAGUGUAAUAAGGCCAAUUAAGAAACCUCCCGGGAUUUCUUUGGAUCCAGGAAACAGCCAUGUGGGUCCUUCCUGUGCACUAUGAAUGCUUUCCCAGGACACUUACAAAAUGUUGUGUAGUCUACCUUUAUUUUUUAUUAACACAAAACUUGUUUUUUUAAAAAGAUGAUUGCUGGUCUUAACUUAAGUAACUCCUUUGUGCUGAAGAUCAUCUUUAAUGGUAAAGGAGCCGAAUUGCUGAGUUACAUGAAAUAUUUCUUAUUUUUUAAAGAAAGUGAUUUACUCCUGGUUAGUACAUUCUCAGGAUGCUGAACCACUGAAGGGUUUCCUUGAAUCAGACUUUGAAUGUACUGUUCUAUAAUUUUCAGGAUCUUAAAACUAACACAUAAAACUCUUUAUCUUGAGUCUAAAAAUGACCUCAUAUAGCAGUGAGGAACAUAAUUUAUGCAAUCAUGUUUUGUAUACGAUUAUUGUUCUUUCACGUAUUCAGAACAUUACAUGCCUUCAAAAUGGGAUUGUACUAUACCAGUAAGUGCCACUUCUGUGUCUUUCUAAUGGAAAUCAGUGAAAUAACUUAAAGUCUGUGUGUUUUAAAACCCCAGUGUCUGAAUUCAAAAAGUUUAUCUGGGUAAUCCAUACUUUCUUGUGUUUUCAAGGGUUUUUGUGGUGUGUCGUUUGGUAUUCCAUUUUUCAAAUGCCUUUCUCCUACCAAAAUGUGCUUAAAGCACUAAAGAAGUGAAGUGGAUUAAUUGGUAAAUUGUUAUGGUCGUGUUGAAUAUUCUCACAUCAAGCUUUCCCAUUUUAAUUGCUCUAUCUUAAGAAUACUUUAUAAAAAAAAAAAAUCAAGUGGCACUCUCUAACUCUGUAGAUGCUUAUAGUACUUUAAUAAUUUAAAAUUCGUAGCAUACAGACUAAUUUUCCUAAAAGGGAAAGUUUGUCUGGCUACUUGUGAAAAGUUGUAUGGCAUUCAGUAAGCCAUUUUUUUCUUUAUCUGAUCAAAGGCAGUGUUAUUUUUUUAAGACAUGAAUUACACUUAAAAUUAGAAUAUGGUUAAUAUUAAAUAAUAGACAUCUUUCUAGGAAGGUUAAAAUAAUUAAUAAUUUGACUAGAUAACAGGUGUGCAAGAGUCACGUCGUUCUGUAGGAGCAAACAUUUGGUGGAUUCUCUGUCUUUGUAACUAAGGUUGGAGGUGGUGUGGUUUUGAGGUCUCAAUGCACUUUUAGAAAGGCAGCUUUUAAUUUAGUCUUUCCUUCUUCAGUGUGCAGAUAUUGCAGCUGCUUAAUUUGCAUAGUUACGUAAUGAAUUCAAUGCAUCCUCGAUAUUUAGGAGAGGUGGUAGCUAAAGAAUAUUCUGAAUAUAGGUUUUCCAUUUACAGAUGCUUUCAAUCAAAUGUUUUAAAGCAAACUUAUUGUGGUCUUCUCACAUUAAGUUGAACCCAGCUUGUAAUAACUGGUUUUUACUUCCAGUGCUAUAAAGUCUUUGUAGGGUUUUCACAGUUUUCAAAGUCCUUUUUAUCACUGUGAUCUUGUUCUGGGGAAAAUAAAAGUAUCAUAGCUGUGAGGCAAGACUUUGAUUUUUAUAGUGCUAUCAAUGUCCGGAUAAAAGGGUCAGAAUAACCUUUACAGUGUUUCGGUCAGUAAGAGAUGGUGACCUGAGUUCCAUUCUGAUAAUGUCUUAUCUCUUAUGCAUAGUAAGAAUGAGUUUGAAAGACUUAUUUGGUCUUAAAACCAAAGUAAUCUUAGAAUAAAUGACUUUACAUAGGAAUUUAAUGUCAAUUUCAUGUGUUAAAAAAACAUCAUGGGGAAAAUGUGCUUAGAGGUUAUUUAAUAUUUUGACUACAAAUUUGAGUUUUUUCUGUAGUUACCAUUAUUUCAUUGAAGCAAAUGAAUGAGUUUGAGAGGUUUGUUUUUAUAGUUGUGUUACAUUUCCUGUUUAAUAAUCUCUAGCUCUGUGAUCAGGUACUUUUUUUUUUUUUGGACAUUUCCAAGCCUGCCAUAUCUGCUUUAUGAAAUCCAGGGGACCAAUGCAUUUUAUCACAUUUUAUCACUAGAACUAUUUUUAUAUAAUUUUAAGAACAUACCAAAAGUUCUCGUCUGGUUUAAAAUUGUGAUACAUGAUUUCUCACUUUCAUAUAAGGUAAUCAACUUUUGCUGAGGAUAUUCUUUAUUAAAUUAAAGAUUAAGUUACCAUUAUACUGUUCUUGCCUAGGUGGAUAAAAUGUACUUUUGAUGAAAUCAGGGAAUUUUUUAAAAGUUGGAAUUUUGUUCUAAAUUCGGUUUAUGUAUUAACUGCAGCUAAUUCCUUUUCUGGCUAGCGAUAAAGCCCCAGCUGGCUAAAACUGAAAAUGAAAGUGACUUGCAAGAGAUGAAUCAUGAUUACUGUGGCCAUAACUGCAGUUAAAUUUGACUAGAAUAUUAGUUUUGUCAUUUAGAAACACAAGCCUUUGUUUCUACUGCCUAUCCUAAGAUGCUUACCCUCCAAGAUUCAGUUGGGCUAAAACAUAUCUUCUGGCAGGUUGCCUAUUCACAUCCAUUCUGUCAGUACCCCAGGGGAAUAGAGGUGGGGAAGGUAUGAGUAAGUGGGGCCUAGACAUUUCUGAUCCUUUUUUUUAUAUGCAGCUCUGUUUUUCCCAACCUGCCCCCUGCCAAUCCCUGACUCAGAGGCCAUAGCCUUGCCACUCCCCCAUCCCAUCACAACCCCUCUCCCUUGCCCUUCCCGGCCCCCACAGCCUUUUGACUGAAGAGCUGCUUUUGAGACCUAGAAUAAAAUAGUUAGUGGGAGUUGUGUGACUCACGUUCAAUUCCUAGAUGCUGUCAGGAGGGGUCUCCGAGUUUGGAGUGGAUGAGGCUUGGGAAGCCUGUGCUGGCUGCCCUGCUUUGACUGUAGCCAUGGAUGAGGAGUGGGGUGGCGGUGAGGUGUGGUAGCUGUGGCAAUGGAGGCUGCACAAGAAGGAGUGGCCACUUGUAUUCCGUAUAGGACAGGGUAGGGCCUGAAGAGCUGCUGAGCCUGUGAUUCUGCUGUGAUGAUAGUGCUCAGGAAGUGCCUUGAGUCAGUGUACAAUGCCACAGCCAUUAAGAAUUCCAGAUUUUAGUUCUUACUAUGAAGUCUAAGUGGGUCACUUGGCCAUUUUGCAGCCCACACAUGAAUUACCUUUUUCUCUGUCUGAGAACUGUCAGAUACAAACAUUUUUGUAAAAACAGGGCAGCAAAGUGCUAAUAAAAAUGCACGACAAAAUCUGUAUCCCAUUAGAUGUGUUAUAUCAAGAGUUUAUUUUCAUCCUUGCACUGAAAGUGAUCAUAAAUCAACUUGUUAAUUUUGUUUCUUGACCAUGGCUGUGUUCUGACUCCAGAUGGUAGAGAUUCCAAAUGAUGGUUCUGUUACAACUCAGCAGAAAAGGCCAGUGCAGAUAUUUUGAGAUCUUAUAGAAUAACUCUAAACAUGUACUGAAGCUUCUUGUGUCUGUUUUGGAAUGCGGAAUACCCAUGGGUCCUCUCUCGAGGAAUGCUGGACUUCUGGACAUCCUGAGGACUGUCAGUACAUUUAACUUUUCAAUCCCAUUAUGCAAUCUUACUUGUAAAUUUUUUAAAAUGUGGUUAAUAACAUUCAGCCUGUUUCUUAGAGCUUAAAAAGAACUUCAAUGAAUUUGUUUUUAUUUUUUAACAUGAUUUGUGAAUUGAAUAUCAUGAAACCGUGUUUUGAUAUCCCUUUUUCACAUUGUGCCAAUGGAAUGAUUACAGAGGUGUUUGAUAUUUCUUUAUAUGUCAAGGAGAUGCUUCAAAAUGCCAAUUGCUUUAAACUUAAAUUACCUCUCAAGAGACCAAGGUACAUUUACCUCAUUGUGUAUAUAUAUAAUGUUUAAUAUUUGUCAAAGCAUUCUCCAGGUUUUCAGUUUUGUUUCUAUAAAAUAUGGGUAUUAUGUUGCUAAAUUACUCAAAUGGUACUGUAUUGUUUAUAUUUGUACCCCAAAUAACAUCAUCUUUACUUUCUGUUUUCUGUAUUUUAUUGUAUUUGUGCAAAAUUCUUUUGGCUUUAUUAGUGUAUUAUCUACCCUUUCAGAUAUGUACAGAAAAUGUCCAUAUAAAUUUUCAUUUAAGUUGAAUGAUUUUGAGAAACCUGUAAAAAGGAGAGAAAAACAUAAACUGCAUUUCUCCAUAAGUUUUUUAAAAUUAUAUAUAUUGUAUUUGUAGUAAUACUCAGAAUGAGCUGUAAAUAGAAGUAGAUGAGUGAUGCUUAUGUUAAGUCCUAACACUACAAUAGAGAAAUUGAAGCAAUGCAAAUAAAUUACUUUUUAUCCCAA